GGGUUCUUCUACUUCUUCGACUACCGCCAAAGCUCUCUGUCUCCUUCCUCGGCGCCACCACCAUGUUCUGGAAACUAGCCUCUCUCUCUGCAUCGUCUCCUGUGGAGUCGAUACUAGACAAAGACAGUUUCACUUUGGAAGAGCUUCUUGAUGAGGAAGAGAUUAUUCAAGAAUGCAAAGCUUUGAAUAGCCGACUCAUAAAUUUUGUAAGGGAUAAAACUCAAGUGGAGAAACUUUUGCGGUAUGUUGUUGAAGAGCCUGAGGAUGAUGCUGAUAGCAAACGUGCUUUCAAGUUUCCAUUCAUCUCUUGCGAGAUAUUUACAUGUGAGAUUGAUGUUAUUCUUAAGACUUUGGUGGAGGACGAGAAGCUGAUGGAUUUGCUAUUUGGAUUUUUGGAACCGAAUCGUCCUCAUAGUGCGUUGCUGGCAGGCUAUUUCGGAAAGGUUGUCAUAUGUCUGAUGAUCAGAAAGACUGCAGCACUUAUGAAAUAUAUAAAAGGGCAUGGAAAUGUGUUUAGCCAGUUGGUUGAUUUAAUUGGGAUAACAUCCAUCAUGGAGGUUUUGGUUCGCUUGGUUGGGGCUGAUGAUCAUGUCUAUCCCAAUUUUCCGGAUGUGAUGCGAUACUUGGCUGAUAGUGAUUUACUUGAAAUGAUCGUGGACAAACUAAAUCCAUCUAGUCCUCCUGAGGUUCAGGCAAACGCAGCAGAAACAUUAUGUGCAAUUACUCGAAAUGCACCUUCAGCUCUAGCUACAAAACUCUCUAGCCCUGGCUUCGUUUCUAGGAUAUUUGGUCAUGCUAUAGAAGAUUCACAUUCAAAAUCUGGCCUAGUUCAUUCACUUACUGUAUGUAUCUCUCUGUUAGAUCCAAGGAGAUCUGCUGCUUCAUCGCCUUUCUUCAAUUCUUAUAGAGGUCAAAAUAUGUAUGAGUCUCCUGUCCCAGUGAGCCAGGAGACUAUUGGUGCCAUGCUACCAAAACUCGGUGACAUGCUUGUGCUUCUCAGUGUAGCGUCUGACAGCAAAGUCUUACCUACAACGUAUGGAGAGCUGAGGCCGCCUCUUGGAAAGCAUCGCUUAAAGAUUGUAGAAUUCAUUGCGGUGCUGUUAAAAUCCGGAAAUGAAGCUGCUGGAACUGAAUUAGCAAGCUCUGGAACAAUUAAAAGGAUCCUUGAACUAUUUUUCGAGUACCCAUACAAUAAUGCUCUCCAUCACCAAGUGGAGAGUAUAAUACUUUCUUGUUUGGAAAAUAAGAGCGAAAUUAUGGUUAACCAUAUCCUUCAAGAAUGCAAUCUGAUUAGCAAAAUUCUUUCAUCAGACAAAGACUCGACUCUUUCUGGCGAUAACCUGCCUACCGUAGUUGCCACCGGGAAAAAACCACCACGGGUUGGAUAUGUUGGACAUAUCACAAGACUUUGGAAUAGACUUGUCCAGUUGAGUGAUAGCAAUAGCCUGAUAAAGACAUCGCUUCAGGAAAACAGUGAAUGGAACGAGUGGCAAAGUAGUGUUCUAAAAGAGCGCAAUACUGUUGAGAAUGUGUACAGAUGGGCAUGCGGGCGUCCUACUACACUGCAGGAUAGAACAAGGGAUAGCGACGAGGAAGACAGGGAUUAUGAUGUUGCAGCUUUGGCGAACAAUUUGAACCAAGCAUUUAAUUACAGAAUGUAUGGAAACGAGGAUAAUGAAGAGGAUCAGAAUGCUCUCAAUGCCCUCGAUAGAGACGAUAGUGAUGCAUACUUUGACGAUGAAUCUGCUGAAGUAGUGAUUUCAUCCUUGAGACUCGGAGACGACCAAGGAAGCUUGCUCACAAAUUCGGACUGGUUCACAUUCCAAGAUGACAGAUUCAGCAACACGGCCUCUGACACGACGAUUGAAGACGUGAACAUGAAUGAAAACUCAAAUGAUAACAAUAGCAGCAGCAGUGACGAUGAACUUCUGGUUGGAGAAGAAGAAGACAAUGAUCUAACCGAGAAACCGAAGAACAUCUCUCCCAGCAAUUUAUCAACAUCAGACUCAACAAGCAUCAAUACAUCAUCAGAGAACAACGAUGAACCAUCUGAAAUGCAAAUUACUAGCUCCAGUCUGAACCCAUUCAUCGAUGUACCAAUGCUCGAUGUCAAAUCCGAACCAGUUAUUACGAAUGGUUCCCCAACAUCAACUGGAAGCAGCAGCUCAGGGCACAAAUCGCCUACUUCUCCUGCCGUGCGAGCACUCUUUGAAGAGGAUGUGGAGUUUGUAGGAGUGGAACCUGAAGGAACAGAGAAAGCAAUGGAACAAGCUUUAAAAGAAGGGAUAGUAGGUGAAGCUGGACCGUUGAAGCGGAAUAUCGUUCAAAAAGUUCCGGAAAACGAAAACGAGGAGAAUUCUGGUGUGACAGAGUUCAACGAUGCAAAUUUCUGGAGGGUUGAUCAAGAAGUUACAGUUUUGGAGUAAAAGGUAAAAAAACCAUACAAAAUCU